AUGUCGCGUUGCGUGCGGGCGUUGGCGAACAAUCGAGUGGUGCAGAGUAGCGAGGCGUCGAGAUGCGGUGAUCGUGGAGCAGAGGCAGCGCGGCGGGGGGCGUUCGAGCGGGCGGGGCGCGCCAAUCGAGCGCAGCCACGCCUCGCGCCGGGUCGAAAGGUCGAGCGACCAUUGGCGCGAAACGGUGCCCGCUCCGCGUUUCUCGCUGCAGCCGCGGUCUUCGAGCAUAGACAAGAAAUUUCCUUUUGGCGCGAAGACGAGAUCGCGCUCCACAGACAAGCGACAGAUCGCUGGCAGUAUAACUUAUCUAAUGAAAAGUUGGGUGAGGAAUAUUUUAGAGAACGAUGGGAUUUUAUGCAAGGUAUUGCGAUU